UGCCGCACGUGCCGGCGCAUGAGCUGUGUCAGAGGUGGCCGUGAGCGGCUCUGAGUGAGCGAGCGCCUGCUUCUUUCAUGGAGGAGGGGACCUAGGCGCUUAGAAAGUUCACUCUCCGGCCGGUGUGUCAGUCAGUCAGCCAGUCAGUCCUCUCUCAAAGCCAAACGGGGAGUAAAAGUCUUCCAACAGUUUGAACCUGCUCAGAAGCAACUCUUGAUCUGUUCAGUGAGACUCAGUUCCAAGCAGAAUGAUGAAACUGCUGCAGAAGAUAGAAAAUAUUUACUGUACAUGUGCUCUGAAGAUAGCAACACAAAAGGAAAAAUUUGCAAUAUGAAAAUAUUUUUUAGCUGACUGCUAAAAUUCAUGAGAUGCCUCCUGGUAUUACCAUGGAUAUCUUGAAGCCCAAAGCACUGCUUUUAGUGAUGGUUAUUUUUUUAAUUGGAUUUUUCCACUGUCAUCAUCGAGGAGUCUUUUUGACUGAGAAAGCAUCAGAUUAUAGGAAACCAAAUUUCAUAAUAUUUUUUGCUGAUGAUAUUGGAUGGGGAGAUCUUGGUGCCAACUGGUUCCUGAGAAAAGACACUCCUAACUUGGAUAAGAUGGCAUCGGAAGGAAUGAGAUUUGUAGAUUUUCAUUCAGCGGCAUCCACCUGCUCCCCAUCUCGGGCCUCUCUGCUUACAGGGCGCCUUGGCCUUCGCAAUGGAGUGACCCACAAUUUUGCUGUAACAUCAGUAGGUGGCCUCCCAUUGAACGAGACAACUUUGGCAGAAGUCCUGAAGGAAGCUGGCUAUCGCACUGGCAUAAUAGGCAAAUGGCACUUGGGGCAUAAUGGUCCUUACCAUCCCAGUCUUCGAGGUUUUGAUUAUUACUUUGGGAUCCCCUAUAGCCAUGAUAUGGGGUGCACGGACACUCCAGGCUAUGAUCUACCUGCUUGCCCAGCUUGCCUGUGGAACUCUACAAGAGGAAACAAACAGAAGGAAGACUGUUAUCCUGAGAUUGCACUUCCUCUUUUUGAAAACCGUGCAAUUGUUGAGCAGCCUGUAAACCUCACCAGCCUGGCUACUAGGUAUGCAGAAAAAGCAAUUCAGUUCAUCGACCGUGCAAGCCAGAGUGGGCAGCCCUUCUUCUUGUACCUUGCACUGGCUCAUAUGCAUGUGCCUUUGUUUGUGUCAGAACAAUUGUGGAAUUUGUCUUGCCAAGAUCCAUAUGGAGCCAACCUGAGACAGAUGGAUGCCCUGGUAGGACAAAUCAAGGACAAAGUUGAUAGUACUGCAAAGGAAAACACACUUCUAUGGUUCACAGGAGACAAUGGACCAUGGUCUGAAAAGUGCGAGUAUGCAGGCAGUGUUGGCCCAUACAUGGGGAUGUGGCAAAGGGAAAGAAAUGGGAGCUCUGCUAAGCAAACUACUUGGGAAGGGGGACACCGCGUUCCCACAUUGGUCCACUGGCUGGGGAAGAUCCCAGCCAAUGUGACGAGUCCUGUGCUGUUGAGCACUUUAGACAUAUUCCCUACCUUGGUUUCAAUGGCCAAUGCAAGCCUCCCUCCCAACAGACGUUUUGAUGGUAUAGAUGUGUCCAGUGUCCUUUUUGGGCUUUCAGACAGAGGACACAAGACGUUGUUCCAUCCCAACAGUGGGGCAGCUGGAAAAUAUGGAGAGAUACAGGCUCUUCGGCUGGAUCAGUACAAGGCAUUUUAUCUCACAGGUGGCGCCAGAGCCUGUGAUGGCAGUAUUGGACAGGAACAGCAGCACCAACCCCCUCUCAUUUUUAACUUACACCGGGAUGUUCUGGAGGCGCAACCCCUGGACCCUCACACUCCUGAGUACAGGACUGUCUUGCCAGGUGUGAGCAAGGCUCUUCAAGACAUACUUCAGGAUAUUGCUAUGGACAAUGUAUCCAUUGCAGAUUACUCUCACGACCCAGCAGUGUCGCCUUGCUGCAACCCACAACACCUGCUGUGUCGGUGCCAUUAGACUUCUUGCCCAUCGUCCUUGGAAGAAUGCUGAGAGGCAGUGGACUGAAGCGAGGAAGUACCAAGGAGGAAAAAUACCAGGAAGUCUGCAAGUUUUAAAGAAGUGGGCAAGGGAAACUUUUAAGGCAGGCUUGCACAACUUGGGAAAAGUAUAGGGUCAAAAUUAGACAGGCUAAGGCUCUUGGGGGCACAAAUAGGCUUUCAGCACCUCACUUCCCAAGUAUGGUAUAAUUAAUGACUAAUUGGGAUUAUUAUUGUUGUGUGCCUUCAAGUCGUUUCAGACUUGGGAAACUUUAUAACAGAGUUUUCUUGUCCAGUUCAGAGGAGCCUGGCCUUUGUCUUCCUCUGCGCUCAUUUUUUUUCAAAACCCUCCUACCAGAUAUAUCCUACCUUUGUUCAUGCCCAGUGAUUUUUUUUUAUUAAUCCUAAACUAUUAUAUUCGGCCCAGCCAUAGGUUUUUAAAUCUUUGUGUUUUAUUGUUUAUAUGUGACUUAUAUUAAUUGUAUUGUUUUUUGUUUAUUGCUUUUUUUUGGUUUAUUUAUGUGUUAUUGGGCUUGGCCCCAUGUAAGCCGCGCUGAGUCCCUUGGGGAGAUGGUGGCGGGGUAUAAAUAAAGUUUUAUUUAUUAUA